CGGAGAGGGGCACGCACGCUGGGCCCGGGGCAUUAGCAUGAUUUUACAAGAUUAUUUUUAUUAGCCGUGCCUUGGUUCAGUUUUCCAAACUUGUUUUUCACGCUGCUGGCGCAUCUUAUGACCGCCUCAACUCUCGCCUGGAAGCAGGUCGGCCGUCGAGUUUGUGAGGAGAAGCGAGUUGGGGAGCAGAGCGACGUCACAGUUUGCCCCUCCUAGCCAGACUUUUUCCUUCUUUUUUCCCCCCCGCGAAAACAAACAAAACCAAGAAGAUAACCAUGUCGCUGCCCGCGUCGUCCGAUUACUUCGCCGCCGAGUGUCUGGUGUCGAUCUCCAGCGGCCCCGUGCUGCACAGACCCACCCCGGUCGCCCCCGCCAGCCAGCCCGCCCCGGUGGGCCUUCACCCCGGGGAGCCCGACGGGUCGAGCGAGGACAGGGAAGUUCGGGAGACGCUGCGGCUGGAGGGGACCAACAUGAUGACGGUGGCCGGGAUCCUGACGGACCUGCACAGCAAGUUCCGCCCGAUGUCGGCCUACUCGGAGAGCAGCAACUCCUCGUGCGGCGGGGAGAGCGGGUACACCACGUUGUCCGACCCCACCACCCCGACCAUGACCCCCUCCGCGACGCCCGUGCCCGGACAGCAGCAGCAGCAGCAUCUCCCGCAGCAGCAGCACCUCCGGGGGCCGGGGGGCGUCGGGCCCCCGCGGUCCCCCGUCAAGCGGCAUCAGUGCCCCUUUGACGGAUGCGACAGAGUUUACGGGAAAUCGUCGCACCUGAAGGCUCACAUCCGGACGCACACAGGUGAGAGGCCCUUCCCGUGCACCUGGCCCAAAUGCGAGAAGAAGUUCGCCCGCUCCGACGAGCUCGCCCGCCACACCCGCACCCACACGGGGGAGAAGCGCUUCCUGUGCCCGCUGUGCGACAAGCGCUUCAUGCGCAGCGACCACCUGAUCAAACACGCCCGCCGCCACCCUGACUUCCAGCCCUCCAUGCUGGCCCGCUGCAAGGCCGCGGCCACGCCCUCUUCCCGCCAAGCCGCCCACACCUAGGAGGGCUCCAAGCCACCUUCGUUUCAACUUAACCAGCUACAAUCAAAUCCACUGGGUCAAACUCCAUACAAGCGCACACACUGAGGCCGGAUGUUCAGGGGGGGGGGGGGGCAGCAGCACCCCCUCUCUGUUCACCCUGAUGUUCACCUGCUUUGUUCGAACACGGUCUGUACACACCAGACGAGGCAGACGUCUGCCUUCUCCCCAUUUCACUUCCUGCUUCCUAAAGUCACCUGUUUGGACCUAGUUCCCUACCACUUGCAUCCCCAGUUGCACAUGUGAGGAAGCAUGUGUGUGGAAAGUUUACAAAAAAAAAGGCAGAAAGGAUGCAGCGGUUUAUUCUCUGCAUACGGAACAUAUGCAAGGACAGAAAGAAAUGCAUUUAGGGACUUACCACAGAGUGGUAGACGAAUGGAUCUCCUCCAGAACACAGGAGCGUAAACUGCCCCCACCCCGACAGUUAAAGGUACCAAAUGUCUGUAAAAAGAAAAAAAAAAAGAAAAAGUCCAGUCUUACCAGAAGCAUUCCUCAAGCUUGGCUACAUCCCACAAUAUGCUCAUAAUGACAUCUCUAUCCAUCCCCCUGUGUCCCCCUACCAAAAACAGCUCACAGAAUACCUCAUGGUUCAAUGCAGGUUCAUGGCAGCACAAAUCACUUUCUGUCCUGACGCUUUCUUUUUUACCUUCAACAAGAACAGUGGAGUAGAUUUAAAGCCAUAAAGAACUCCAAAUCCUAAGAAUGAACUCAAGGUCUCAAACUCUUUUGCGAGUUGCAGGGAUUUUUUUGUUUUUGUUGUUUUUUCACUUCUUCUUUGGAGGGAAAGAAGAAAAAGCUGUAGACCUUUCUCCUGGUUCUUCCAUAGGUGGUUGUGGUGCUCCUCAGCAUCAUUUCUUAAACAUGUUGUGAUAUUAGGUAGCCAGGCAGGGACUAGAGUUUGUCUUUAUUUUUGCCGUUGCUUUAUCUUUGCUUUUCCUGAGUUUUGGAGGUGAAACCAUUCCCGUUUGCUAAUUAUUAGCAACAUUACCGUGGGGUGGGGUGGGGGGGGGGGGUGCUUUGUCCAUCUUUCCACCGCAUCAGAUCCGAUGUUGAUUUUUGUUGGGAAGCUGGACGAAUCUCGCUGUAGACGAGCAGUUUGCACAUCACUCUGAAGGCUACAACAAUUCCUCUUCACAUAAUACGCAGCAGUAUUAUGUCUAAUAGUGAUGCAAAUGUAUAUAAGCUUUAAGCUUGUAAUGUAGAUUAAGGCGUAAUGCUACUAGCAGCUACAUGUAAUGCAUCGUAGUCCUUAUAUUAGGGGUAAUAUUAUGCUCAAUAGGAUGGCAUAUCCAGGGAGAGUUUGUGUGUUUUCUUUUAUCUCUUUUUUUUAAGACUAGUGAUUGAAAUUGUAAGGGUGUUUGCAACAGCGUGCAACAAUUGGACUCUUCUUAUUGAUCGCUGCGGGGGGGGGGGAUGACGGGUGAGCCCGUUGCCUUCAGAUUAAAAGCAUUCCUCUGGGUUGUGGGGCCAGACGGUAGAAAGUGUGGAGCAGCCUGGGGUCAGGUGUGCCAGACGGGUUUGUUAUUCUUUUUUUUUUUUUCCUCCUCUUCCAAAGCAGAACAACGAGUCUUACAGGUUGCACUGGAAGAAUUAUCGGAUCGCAGCCGUUUUUAGUGGAAAUCCAAAGCUGGCUGUUGGGCACGUGGAUGAUCAGCGCUGAUGGAGAACCGGUGUCUGUAACGAGGAACAAACAUGGCUGCCGUCACUUCAUGACUUCGUUAGCCCUAGGAGGUUCAGUCUGGCCUCUGCUGCUCACGGCUGCAGGUUUCAUCGUCCCUCAGCCCGACUUUUGUAGGGAACAAAGAAUAUGCAACGCCACGAGUGAGUUGCAUCUUUUUGUUAACGCCUUUUGAGAAUAGUUUGCACUGUUAGACAGCCAGACGUUCACCGACAUCCACUAUGACCUACUGUAGGGAAAGGGCUCAUAAACUGCCACAUGUCCAGACAGGCGUAAUCUGAAGACUGAGAUGGGCUUUAGUUAUAACCGGAUCUCUGUCAACCAUACCAAUAGUGACACUGGGUGAGUUGCAUUGACUUUGUUUUCCCCACCCAUAAACCCACAGCAACAGUAGGUGGACCGGAAACGGUCACUGCUGGCUGUUCAGUGGGGGAAGCAGCAAAACAGACCCAGGACCAGAUAAAGUCUUUUCUACGACACAUAAAACCAUCAGAAAGAUCAACCAAUCUUUCAGGGAUCAGGCACAGGCUGGUAUUAGAUUUUAACGUAAAAGGUUAACUUCAGUAAAUACACAACUUCCACAGUUUAUAUAGAUUUUCUUACAGUCAUGUCAACAAUGUCUGUAACAUUGAAAAUGCCUUCACAUACCUCUAGCAGGCCAGCACGCCGCUUUUCAUACCAGUUGUGCUCUCAUCUGAGCGGCUGGUUCACUCAGAGGCGUGCCGUCUUCACUACAGCCUCACGGGGGCGACGUUGAGCUGGUGAGAGAAAAGAAGCGCGAGAAUUAAAGGAUUUCUCUCCAGAGUCAACACGGAUUUUAGAUUCCUGAACGUUAAACUAUUCCUGCGGGGGAAACAUGUCUCUCCUCGCUGUAUUCCUCGUGUGCAUAGCGCCCCCCCUUGGACAGGAGUUGUAUUGACGCUAUGGGAGCGGACAGCGAUGUCACAAAACUCCGGCCUGCACAUGGACACCCUGCUGGGGAGGCAGAUGUCAAAAGUUACAUUACACAGGCUUCACAGUGGAACUGGGAGGCAUCAAUCAGGCUUUACGUGUAGUCAUUGGGUUUUGAGGCCUAGAAUCAGUCGGUUAAUUAGUCAGGCUGUCUGCUCUGGCCGCCCACCUGCGGUCCUCUGCCUUCCAGACAAGCCGCUCGUGGCCGCCUCUGUAGAUCCAGACGUGUCUCAUUGAGAUCGGUGAGUAGCCAUGUUGAUCCAGGUUCUACGUGACCCAAACAGCCAAGUCUUGUUCUUGGAAACAAAGGAAGGUGUGGUGUGAGUCUUUCAGCCAGCUGACUGGCAGUCUUGUACACCAGGUGGGGGGAGGGCAGCCCCGUUACACUGCUCCUCUGACAUCUCAUUCAAAGAGCUUUAAUCUUUGAAACCCUCGGUGUGCGGCGGGGACCGAUGAUGGGCCCGCGCCUGUUCAGGGGUUUCUGCUGAAGGUGAAGCCAGUCUGAAGUAAUUCAGAUGCUUUAACUUGAUUUGCUGUUAUCUUUCAGCGACACGCUGAGUUUAGCCCACUCAUGGACACAUUCCCUCUGUCUCAGCGAACGCCUUCAGGAGACGUCUGAAAGCCUUAAGCGUCGCCGUGGCUGCUUGUUCACCGUGUUUACAGCUGCACCGUUCAGGAAUACGCAGAUAUCGCUUCAUCACCAUGCAGCACGGCUCUUUUUCCUCUGAAAGGUGUUGAUGGCUGAGGAGCGCGGCGGCCUGCACGCUCACUGUGUCUACAAGGAAGCACUGUGGAAACUUUGCUGACGUUUUGUAACAAAUCGUGUAAAAAGACUAGAAAACUGCCUUUUUCCAUCUGCUUCAAAAAGCGUGCUAAAUGAACCGGGUUGCUUUUGUUUCAUUAGUUACCUUUUGUUGUCGUUUUGCGUUAGUGUGUGCUUAGCUAUCCAGGCCGUCUCUUCGUGUGGGAUUGAUUUCAUAGAUUUCACUUCGUGGUUUCCGAUUCAGGACGUCUUCCUCUCACUGUUUUCACAAACGGCAGCAGUUCACCGAUGGUUCCGUGUCAGUGGGGAGCCCGUUGAAGUAAAAAAUGCAACGCUGACAUUUUUUAUCCACUUUUUUUUUUUUUUUAUAAUAUUUUUGGGGUUUUGUUUUUGUUUUGCCGCCAAAGGAGGUUUGCUGCUGGCAGUGACCUCGAACACAUGGACUGUUUCACAAAGGAACAAACACAAUCUACUUCUGUUUUCAGGUGGAAACGUCUCCUCCCGCCUCCCGUGGCAGGUGGAGGCGUCAGCUGACUCUUAGAGCUAUAAAAUCACAAGAACAUACCUCACAGUUUGACUUUUGUUUGCUUUGCAGCGUCUGUACAGAUUCCCUCCAACCUUUUCUUUCCACAACUCCUAGAAAGCCCUUUUGGCGUCGGGUUUCUGAACUUUGACCUCAUCGGCUUGGUCAGUAUGCAACAUCCUUACAGCUCAUGUAGCAGCUCAAGUCUUUCAGCUAAGCGCGGUAAACGGAUAAAUCAUUCUACUGUCUCUUGGCUUUGGCUGCAGCUGUUUGUUUUUUUGUUUUUGUUGUAAUUAAGGGUUUAACCCAGCUACUGGUUGAUGCAGUGACCUAAAAGGAUCCAAACUCAAAGCCUCAGUUUGCAGAAGAUGUGGAUGGAGCGCUUUCAGUCGCCCAUCCAUUUGUUCAGAUCACAAAAUGUGGCUCGUUGACAGCAGAGCUCCAUCCAGUUUGGAUGAACCUUUUUUUUUAUUUUCUUUCUGCUUUAAGGGGGAAAAAAUGUCAGCCACACUAAUUCAGUUCUGCACACUGUACAUGGGGGGGAUGUGCUGUAUUUUAAUGUUGUUUUUUUUCCUCCCCCUUUUUUGUGAUUGCUAAUUUUUUCUAAGAUGUCAUUUUUAAAGCUCUCCUAUUAAAGCUUUAGUUAAGAUCAUUUGUUGGAAGUGUGGAAUUAAAUAAUUGCUGCGAGAAGCUGUUUUUGAUAUUUAUAUUCUCAGGUGUCUUAGAUUUUAAGCAUUGGAGUUUCAAAUGUUCCUGUGCAGCACCGAUAUAUAUAAGCGUUUUAUUACUUUUGUUUUGCAGAAUAAUUUAUUACAUAUCAAAGACGGAUCAUUUAUGUGAUUUAAUUGUUCUUUUUCAUAACUCAUUUUUUUCAUAUGGGACUGUACUAAUAGUACAUUGUUUCAAUGUUUGACCAUUGCUUUUUAAAAAAAAUAAAAACUCUGAAGUUCAA